UGUUUAUGUUUACAAAAAUUAUCGUUAUAGGUUUAUCCCUGGACUAUCAAGGCCAAAGAUAAUGAGAAUUUUAAUUAUGUCUUACGUUCGGACCACCCGGAAAGUAUUAGCGACUAUCUGAUUGUAGACAAUGUGCAAAGUCUAAGAUGAUGAAUAUCUUGAUUAUGAGGAUUUUGAACGUGAACAUAAUCUCUAGAAGUUUUAGGUGCUUUGAAAAUUAAAGAGGAAAAACAAAACAAAUCCGCAGAGAACUGUCUGCCGUAUUAUAUUUCAUCAUUGUGCACCCUUUAGCUAACUCAAUGGAUGGAGUUCAGACCUACGCCACCGAUCCAAACAGCAACCAUACGUUUUCACCCGUGACGUUCAAUAAUGAGUGGCCUAAAGUCUGGCGACUCCUUAUUAUGCUCACAUUGGCUUCAAUGGGAACCAUUCUUAAUGGAUUCUUCUUGGGUUCGUUCUUCGUGGAGCGCCCGCUUCGUCGAGCUGGUUUGGUCUAUCUUGCGUGUAUUGGAUUGACUGACAUGAUAAUUACGAGUGUGAUUUUGCCUACGUCAUUGGUGAUUCUUCUGGCGGAAGACUGGGAUAGAGUGAAUGUUUGCAAUGCCGUACAUUGUCUUGGAAUGUCUACAGUUUACUGCAACUCUCUGUUCUACUUGGUAAGUAUAAUGACGGAAAGCUACUAUUGGGUUUUCCUCAAAACUGAACCAUUUCCUUGGUUACAGUUAACUGCCAUUGAAGAGUAUUUGCGAGUAUGUUGCUCCAAACAAGUUUACGGAAUCAUUACUCGUCGCAGCGUUGUAAUCACCGCCAUUGCAGUUUUCUUAUUGAGCUUUACGUUGGCUUCUGUUGGUGUCUAUUUGGAUCUUGAUUAUGACUAUUGCGAACGACUACAUUAUGGAAAUACCUAUUAUAGAGCAAUUUCCGUUGUUAUGCUUCACCUAAUACCUUGCAUUUUUACUUUUUAUUACCUCUUUACGGCACAUCUUAGCGUUUGUCGACGGGCUGCUACACAACUAAGCUACAGGCGGUCUCAUGCAUACAGCCGCGACAGUUCAAUGACUACACUGAAUCUUAUAUCAUACAUUACGUAUUUUUUUUUCUGGCUCCCGUAUGUAAUUAUUUCUUUUAACGUGGGCGCAGCAAGUGAUGCUCAAUAUUACAAUAGCAUUUGGUUCGGUCAUGCACGUGCUGCUAUUGUGACUUCCAUUUAUUCUAUCAUUGAUCGGAGCUUUAGACGUGCUUUUGCUUAUCUUUUUAACUACUGUUGUUGCAAGAGAAGCCUAUCAGCUCAACUAGCGCCUCGCCACCGAAGGGAAUACGGCACAAGAGUACGUUUAUUGCAUCCUAACAUGUUUAUGGCUCGUAGCGCUCAGAUACGUCUCGCAGGUCGUGCAAGAGCGGUAUCCCACAUUCGUGAAACUCAACAUUUGUAAACAGAUUCCCAACGAUUAUACGGUACAAAGCUCUCGGCUACUGGAUUGUCAAAUGGAAUGACAUUUAAACUAACGUAUCGCUGAAAGUAAAUAUUAAAAAAUAUAUGGAUGUAUAGAUUAAGUAUUGUUCGUAUUAAGCCCUAUACUUGUAUCAGUCGCUUUGUUUCAUUUCAAACCAGUUGCUGUAUUCAUAUUCUUCACUUUGUAUCAUCACAUAAUAUUGUGGAUCAAUCAAUCCCAUCAAUUGUGGAUUUGAAACAAGCCUAAUAUUAUUGAAAGAAUUGCUUUAAAUUAACUUUGUAAUAAUGUUGUCUUACUGGUGCUAGGCCCUAACUUCAAAGAAGGAUGUGGGAAGUUUAUUAGUGUAAUGUGCUGUGAUAACAUAAGGGUAACAAGAGAUUUUGAUUCGCGCCGGCUAUCAGAAAUCUUUCAUUCAUUCUUUUAAAUUAUAUCCAUUCCACAAUAAAUGAUUAUAAAUUCUUAAUAAGAAUAUAAUAACUAUUAAUGAGUUUAAAAAAAUGAUUGAUUUAUUACUAUAAGUCGUUAGAGCAAAAUUUAUUGUAUAAGGCAAUAUUGCCUUUUUCAAUGAUUAAAGGUUGGGAACAAUUAUUAAGGACGUGUAUCAUCUGUGGUUUGAAUCAAUUUAAUGCGAUCAAAUAUAAUAUUUAAAAAAAUUGUUAAUCUAUUUACAUAAAUAUAAUAUGAUUAUAUACGAAAGGUAUAGAGAUAUAUGAGAGAUUGUGGUUUAGAAUCUACUAGUAAGAACUAUUAAGUUUUCGUAAAUCAAAUAUAUGUUUCUUAAAUAAGUAUUGAUAUUUUAUGUCACCAAUAUAAUCUUGCGAGUUACACUUAGCAUUUUAUCUAUUUGCAAUGUGCUAUUUUUCACAUUCGCUUAUUAUUUUCUUAAAAUAAAUUUCAAGUAUUUCGACGACUGAUAUCUUUUUAUGUCUUUUUUCUUGCUUUUUAUAAAUAUAUUUUUCAACUAUUGACACAGCUUUUGCUUAUCGAUCAAACUAUUUAGUAGUUGUGGUAAUAAAAUAUAUUCCGUAAGAGUUCACCGUUCAAAGUUACUAUAUCAAUGUUCACUAUGUGUAAUCGUAUUAAUGGUCACCUGUUUAUCUAGUGCCAACUUACAUCUAAUUAUAGCUCAUAUUUGAUUUUCAAAAUUGUCAUUCAAUGUUUAUUAAUUUUGUCAAAUAUCAAAUUAAUCCUAUUAACUAAUCUAGUGUCCAAUGUUAAAAUUAAUCGAAUUUAUCGUGAUUAUCUUUCUUCUAGCCUAUUUUAUAUUAAAUAUUUAUACUUCUUAUACUAUAUAUAAUUAUAUUACGAUUUUCAUACUUGUUACUAAAUUUAGGCCCUUAAAAGUGUUUUGUAUUGGAUUUAUUCU